UAAUUGUUCUCCUUACGUUUGCGAAUUUGGGAUCAUCACAAACUCCUUUAUCAGAACAAUUUGAAAAUUCUCUAUUAUCACCACAAUGUUUAAAUAAUUUACUAUCACUUUUUACAAAUCCAAAUGUUCUUAUUGCAAUUAAAAAUUAUUCGAAUGAUCCUAGAGGAAAUUUCCAAAAUUUAGUACCACCAUUAAUUAAUUUUGCAACAAUCAUUUGUAGCUUACCAAAAUGCAAUGACACUUUUAUUCAAAAAUCUAUUCAAAGUGUUUCUGAUGGAUGUUCAAACUCAUCAAACCAAAAAAGUGAAAUAAUACCAAUCCUUUUUCCUGGUUUAGUUUUUUAUUCUCCUUUACAUGAUUCAAUUUGUUUUAAAGACAAUAAAGCAGAAUUUUGCUGGAUUGAUUCUGCUGCAAUUAUUUAUGGAAAUUCUUUUUCUACCUCUGAUUACUCUGAUACCUUUUAUAAACCUUUUUGUACUCUAUGUAACAAGGCUAUUGUUAAUACCUUCUUUAACCUUAUUUCAACAAGUGAAAAUGCUCAAAAGUUAAUUUCUAAUAAAAGAAUGGAUAUAACAUUGAUUAAAAAAUUGAUCGCUGUAAUUUAUAGUAAUAGUUUUGUUGGAGUUUGCUAUUUACUACCACUG